AUGAAUGGCCUUGGGGAGUUCAUGUGUAGUGUUCUAGGAUAUAAGCUGGACUGGGAGGGGAAAUUUGAGAUUGUGAACAUGGACAUGUAGGUGGGGACAGGCCUGAAGAUCAAGGGCCAGAUGGCCGAUGAUGCUGAUGGCUUGGUGGGUAAUCUGGGCCAGGGGACAGAUAAGCGGGACCUGCAUUUCAACCCACGCUUUGGUGAAUCCACCAUUGUCUGCAACUCGCUGGACUGCAAGGGGCAGGAGCAGCGGGCAGAUCACACGGGCCUCAGCCCUGGGCCAGAGGUCAAGUUCACGGUGGCCUUCGAGGACAAAUCCAAGGUGAAGCUGCCAGAUGGGCACCAGUUGACCUUUCCCAGCAGGCUGGGCCACAGCCACCAGAGCUCCCCGAGUGUGCCGGGCGGGUUCCACAUCUCCUCCGAGCUUGGCUGA